AACUUUUUUGUGCGUACAGUCUCCAAGAUUAGAGGAAAACAUACGAAUUUUUUUAACUGAGUUGUUUUGCGCUGACUGAAACAAUUUUUUCAGGCGCCGUCUGUUUUGUCGCUUCUUCGGCAAAGAACGUACGGAACUUUUUCCUCCGCGUCAAAUAACCGUUUUUCCUGAAUUUACUGCACGAUGUGGAUUAAACGACGAGGCGAGUUUCAUAGCCGUAACCCUCAAUGAUGAUGACAAAGUUAGCAAGUUGGAGAUGCGCGAUAUCGAAGAACACAAACCAGAUCAACAACAACACUACUUCAGCGUAUGUUUAGCACCAUUGUGGGGUAACACACCGAAAUGGCUCAUGCUCAUCGAGUUCAUUGAAUAUUACUUAUCGCAGGUAAGUCGCUAG